AUGCUGUCCACCGCAGUCAGCUCCAAGGCCCUGGCCGCCAUGGCCGCUGCGGAGGGCUUCCACUUUGAGGAGACGCUGACAGGCUUCAAGUGGCUGGGCAACAUUGCGGCCAGGCUGGAGUCGCAGGGCUACACAGUGCUGUUUGCCUACGAGGAGGCCAUCGGGUUCAUGUUCAACGCAGUCCACAAGGACAAGGACGGCGUCAGCGCCGCUGCCGCCUUUGCCGAGAUGGCGGCCCACCACGCGCGCGCCGGCCGCAGCCUGCGGUCGCACCUAGCGGCGCUGAACGAGAAAUAUGGCCCCAGGGCCUUCCUCAGCGGCUACUUCAUCGCGGACCCGCCGGCCAAGGCGGCGGGGCUCUACGACGAGCUGAGGGCGGGCGGCAAUUACCCACAGGUCGUGGGCGGCGUCCCAGUCACAGGCGUCCGCGACAUGGGCGUCGGCCUGGACACCACGCGCCCCGACCGCGCGCCCGCGCUGCCCUGGGCGGCAGGCGACCUGAUGCUCACCCUGUACCUGCCCCGCGGCGGUUUCCUGACGCUGCGCGCCAGCGCGACCGAGCCGAAGCUCAAGUACUAUUUGGAGGUGGCCGGUGCGCCCGGGGAGCCGCCCGCGGCGGCCGCGGCGGCGGCCGAGGCGGUGCGGCGGGCGGUCAUACACGAGAUCGUGCGGCCCGAGGAGCGCGGGCUGGGGGUGCAGCGGGAGGGGUGA